GUGAACGAGGCCUGUAUAGGUGAACGGGCUGUAUUCGUUUAACUUGCUAACGGAGUCAGGACAGCAGUAACAUCAAUAUAGCUACACUAUCACACUGAUUAUGACGGAGUCUAGAAUAUCUACCCUGGUCUUCACUGAUUUAUGUGUUAAUCAACCUAAAGAAAUACUGAAGCAUGUGUCAGGUGUGGCGACCAGCGGGAAUAUAUUGGCUGUCAUAGGACCUAGUGGUUCUGGGAAAACAACAUUGCUAGAUGCUUUAGCCGGAAGGAUUUACGUCACCUCAGGGGAGAUAACUCUGAAUGGAUAUUCGUUUGGGAAAUCACAGCGUCGUCGUCUUGGUUACGUUCAUCAGGAUGACGUGUUUUUGUCCAAUCUAACGCUAUGGGAGACUCUAUACUUUACAGCCGUUUUAAGUAUAUCAGACGCCAUUUCAACAAAAAAGAAGUUAGAGCGAAUUCACAGUACCGUGCGAUCACUAGGACUUCAAAAGUGUCUACAUACAGUUAUUGGAGACAUUUUCACUCGUGGUUUAUCAGGCGGAGAGAAGAAGAGGGCUAGCAUCGCGUGUGAACUUCUCCGAGACCCAGAUAUACUCCUGGUAGACGAACCGACUUCCGGUUUAGACUCCAGCACUGCACACAAACUGAUGAUACAGCUGAAGAACUACGCCACAGAGUAUGACAAGACGAUAGUGACCACGAUACACCAGCCCUCCAGCCAAGUCUUUCAUAUGUUCUCCACCUUACUGCUCCUAGUGGAAGGACAGGUUGUUUACUUAGGCUCUGCGAGUUCUGCGCUUGACUAUUUGACAAUUUUAGAAAUACCAUUUGAGGACGAAUACACCCCAGCCGAUAUACUGUUGGAUGCUGUGACGUCACACGGUGACACAAUCAAUAUCAUAAAACAAGGAGGCUUAGAAAAAAGAUACAACACCAGUCGUCGACCUUCCCAAUGUCGAAAGCUUCAAGGCGUGGACACUCAUAGUAAUGAUAAUACAGGCAUGUCUGGAUCUGCUGUUGUGGAGAUUGUCGCUGAUGAAGAGGAGACAACUCAUCGAUGGCCCUCGUCAUUCUGGACUCAGCUAGCAGUUCUAAACUGGAGAUCUUUCAAACAAGCGAAAGGGAACAUUACCUUGCUUGAUGUUGCUGUUCCAGCUGUUUUGGCUGUCACCGUGUCACUUAUUUUCUUCCGCAUUGGGAACAUAGAAACGUCUGCUCGAGACAAAUUCGGUUUGGUUUUCUUCACAUUUGUUUUCAUGGGAUAUGAGAUCUCCUUAGCAACAGUUAGAGGCUUGGAUGCUGAGAGAGGCGUGGUGUAUAAGGAAAGGACCGCGGAUAUCUACAGACUGUCGGCCUACUACCUGUCUAAGAUGAUCAGUGAGAUACCAGUGUUGUUGAUCAACCCAGUCGUGAUGGUUACCAUUAUUUACUGGGUUGCUGGCCUGGGUGGGGUGGAUGGUUACGUCGUUUAUCUCAGUAUCGCGAUACUUUACAACCUACUGAUGCAGGAUGAAGAAAUUUCAUUCCCAGAGCUUAGAACUGUUUUCGGUUUGUUCGCAGAAAAUCCCUCAAACUACAUUUCUGUUGCUUAA